UAUUUGUGUUUGAUACUUCUUAUUUUAAUGUCAGAGGAAACGCAUGCUGAAAGCAAUUUACCUCCUGGGCCAUAUGCUAUGUUGAUGCCAACAACCGGCUGUCCUGAGUCAAAAAAUCAAGGUUGGAGGACCGGAUACAUAUAUCUUGUUUGGCAGAAUACAGUCAAAGUCGUAACCUCGGUACCAAUGGCCAAACCUGGUUGCAAACAGGUUUCAGAAACUAACGGACAUGAUAUUGCAAAUCAAACAGCAAAAUGGUUUUACGACUUAACAGAGGACAGCUGGCUAGAAACGUGUAGCAACUUGCUAGGACCUUUUAACCGAUUUUCAUUCAAACUGAACUUUUGCGUUAAGGAUGGAGAUGAAAAUAGCACGAAUAAUGAAACCGUUGACUGGCCGGAUGGCGAUUACGCUAUUGUGGCAGCAGGGGGUUGCCCACAAGGUUUUUACAGCAAGAAACAUUCAAUAACAGUCCCAAAACUCAUGUCUUGGAACAAGAGUGGGAUUCUUCCAAAUGUCACAGUCCUUAAAACUCCAAACGCAAGCAUCAUUGCGACUGAUUUGUGCGUACAUGAAAACAACACCGAAAAACGAACCAAAUCAGAUCACACCGCAUUUAAAGAUAAUGCUUUUCUCCUUAUAAAGGUAUCACACAUGUACGGAAGGUAUAUCCUAUUGAUAACAACAGAUAAGGAUGGCUUAGAAGAUUUGAUAAGCAGUACUUCCGGCAUUCAAGUUGUAAUUUCUAAAGCAUCCUUAACGACUCAGAAAGACAUAUGUAAUAAUGAUCUUGGAAUGCAGGACAUGGGUAUAACGGACGCGCAGAUAUCGGCAUCAUCUUGGUUAAAUCAAUUUCCACCUGAAGCAGCUAGACCGUUUCAAUCUGGAUGGUGUUCUGACAUAAAUGAUGAAAAUCCCUAUAUAAUGAUUGAUUUGCUCAAAGAUACAACAGUAGAAGGUAUUGUGAUUUGGAACUGGGAAAAACUGACAACAUCUGUGAAUAAGAUGAUCUUUAGUAAACGUUAUUUACCGAUGGGUGCAAGAACCUUUAGUAUUUUUCACCGGUCAUCCAAGAACACAACCUGGACAACAGAAAAAAAUAGAGACUUGUUUCAAUUUGAAACAUUGCAUCCGACGGUUGAUCCUCAAAAGAUAAUAUUUGAAGAGCCUCUCUAUACACGCUUCGUAAAAAUUAACAUCAUUCAGCCGAUGACAGAGGGGUUCAAAUGCUUGAGAUUUGAACUGAUUGGUUGUCGAAAUGAUGAUGCGGCAAACUUUCCUUUAUUAUUGAGUGAUUAUAGAACAGAAUACGGAAUUUAUAUAGGAACAUCUCUGACUAAAUUGGUAUAUCAGGAGACUGUGCUAACAAGUAUUAACUACCCCGUUUCCUAUCAGCCUGGCUUAGUAUAUUUCUGGAUAAUAAAUUUUAAAGAUGAAGGAUUUGUAAAAUUAGUAUUCACACAAAUUGCAUUGAAUGUUUAUGAGGAUAUCAAUAGCAACCCCAAUGCUUGUAAAGACAUAAUACAGCUUCGUGAUGCAUCCAAUGUUUUUGCGGAGACUGACUAUUUGUACAACAACCGCAUAUCGGUCUUUGAAACAAAACACAGUGAAAUAUUGAUGAAAUUCACCUCUUGUCGGAUGUUUUCUAAAAUAGUAACAAGAGGCUAUGGAUUCAGAGCUGUUGUCUCCAAACAAGGUACACCGACGUGCUUAUCUUCCGAAAGCUAUACUAGAAGUGGUUCAGUCAGGACAGAACAAUGCCGAUUGCCGUCAAUGUUUUUGACAUCUUUUUCCAUCUUGAAUCUUCAGUACCAAGUAUCAUCUGAGAAAUGGACUCUACACAUACGUGACAUAAAGAGACACACUUUCUCAUUACAGUUUUUAGACUUUUAUAUACCUUGUUCCGACAAUACUAAAUUAAUAUUCAUUGAUAGGUUUAUGGAAGGCAAAGUCUUUUGUAAUCUGGCAAAACCUCCAAAAGUGAUUUACUCGAAUUCGGAUAAUGUUUCUUUAGUAUUGAAUAGAUUAUCCAGUGUAGAGCCUAUUUAUAGUAUAAGGCAACGUUUUAAAGCCGUCUACGUAGCGCUGAGCGAGGAAUUGUCAAACAAAGUUGAUGAGCAGUAUACUAACUUUAACG